AUGAGCUUCUACCACAUCCUGCCAUUCCUUUUUGCUGUUCAUGAGAUCCACCACAAUCCGAAGCUCUUACCCAACCUCACCCUGGGCUACAACAUCUAUGAGAACUUUUUCAAUGCAAGAAUGACCUAUGAGGCCAUGAUGGACCUGCUGUCGACAGGGCAGGAGAAUGUCCCAAACUACAGAUGUGGAAGACAAAAGAACCUGCUGGCAGUUCUUGAGGAGACCGAUUCUGAACUCUUUCAUCAUAUUUCUACUGUCUUGGGCAUCUACAAAAUCCCACAGAUCAGCUAUGGGGCUAUCAGCCACGUUCCUGAGCAAAGGCAUCACUUUCCCUUUUUCUACCGGAUGACUCCAAAAGAAGAACCUCCUUUCUCAGCAAUUGUCAAGCUGCUUCUGCAUUUCCGAUGGACGUGGAUUGCCCUCCUUUCUCAGGACAAUGAAAGGGGAGAAAACUUUAAAAGCACCUUCACAACUGUAGCUACAAAGAAAAGGACACAAUAUUAUGACUUUGAUUCAUAUUACUCUGUUACCCAGCAGUAUGGGGAGGCAGCAUUCCAGUGCUCCUCCUCAAGGCCUGUGUUGUCCAAGAAAGUUUGGGAAAGAUGCCUAGAAACAGAGAACUGGGAAUUCCCACCCCGUGAGGUGGUUGCAAGGAUCCUGUCUGAGGAUGCCGCCAGUGUUUCCACAGCGAUCCAAGCUCUGGCCUGGGUCCUCAGUGCUGCCUCUUCCUCCCAACUGAGGAGCAGGAGGAGGCUGCAGGUUGGAGACCAUCGGACACCCCAGAUGGUACAGCCAUGGCAGCUUCAUCGGCUCCUGAGAAACUUCCAGCUUCACAAUCUUUCCAGGGAUGGGGUUUCUUUGGAUGAAAAUGGAGUUCCUGUGGCUGACUUUGAUAUCAUGCACUGGACAGUGUUUCCCAACAAGUCUGAAGGUGGGGUGAAAGUUGGGGGUGUGGAAAGGGAAGCCUCCUCCAGAGUCAAGGUCUCCAUCAAUCGGAGUGCCAUCCUCUGGCCAACCUCAUUUAACCAGAUGGUGCCUUCUUCCAGAUGUACAGACAGUUGUUCCCCAGGAUACGCCAAGCUCAUGAGAGAGGGAGCCCCGGUUUGCUGCUACGACUGUUCUCUGUGCAUGGAGGGAACAAUCUCUGUGCAAGAAGAUGCAGCCCAUUGCAACAAGUGUCCAGAUGACCAGCAUUCCAACAAGAGGCGAGAUCAGUGUGUCCCCAAAGUUAUAAGUUUCCUGUCCUAUGAAGAAACAUUAGGUCUCAUCCUGGCUCUCAUGGCCUCCUUUUUGUCUCUAUUUACUGCCUUCGUUCUGGGAAUCUUCAUUAAGUACCGAGAAACUCCCAUCGUCAAAGCCAACAACCGGGACCUCACCUACAUUCUCCUGGUCUCCCUCCUGCUUUCUUUCUUGACCUCCCUUCUCUUCAUUGGUCAUCCCAAGAAAGUGGCAUGUUUUCUUCAACAAACCACCUUCAGUGUUGUUUUCUCUGUUGCUGUGUCUUCCUUGCUGGCCAAGACUGUCAUGGUGGUGGUGGCAUUUCUGGCCACAAAACCAGGCAGCAGGAUGAGGAAAUGGCUGGGGAAGACUCUGGCCUACUCCAUUGUCUUGUCCUGCUCAGGGGUCCAGAUGGGCAUCUGCAUGAUAUGGCUGGGAAUCUCUCCCCCAUUCCCAGAUUCUGACAUGCAUUCCCAUCCAGGACAGAUCCUGCUGCAGUGUAAUGAAGGCUCAGUCACCAUGUUCUACUCUGCACUGGGCUACAUGGGCUUUCUGGCUGCCAUCUGCUUCUUGGUGGCUUUCCUGGCCCGAAAGCUGCCAGGGACCUUCAACGAAGCCAAGUGGAUCACCUUCAGCAUGUUGGUUUUCUGCAGUGUUUGGCUCACUUUUGUCCCCUCCUACCUGAGCACAAAAGGAAAAUUCAUGGUGGCUGUGCAGAUCUUCUCCAUCCUGGCCUCCAGCCUGGGCUUACUGGGCUGCAUCUUUAUCCCCAAAUGCUACAUCAUUAUCCUGAGACCUGACAUGAACACUAAGGAGCAUCUGAUGAUGAAAAACAAGGAGGGGUCCUGA